UUCCUCCGCCGCCCCCACCACCGGACUCAUUCGUCGCGGAGACUUGAAAGUGCAACGAUCGUCCCGACUUUUGGUCUUUGGCUUUCUCCGGAGCCGCUCACGGUGCAAGAAGCCAACAUGACUCAAGUCAACCGCUGCGUCAAGCUGAGCUUGAUCGCGUCCAACAUUUUCUUCGCGAUCGUAGGAGGCGCCAUCAUCGCCCUGGCUUUGCUGCUGCAGGUGCUCACGCGCCUCAACGGCGUCUCGCUGGAGGGCCUCGGCGUAGUCCUGAUCCUGCUCUACGUGGUGGGCACCCUCACUAUGGCGGUCGCCGCCGUGGGCGCGUACGGCGCGCAACGCCAGAGCCGCGUCGCCCUCAUCGUGUUCCUGGUGUGCAUGGUCAUCGGCACGCUGACGAUGCUGCGCGUCGGCGUCUCUUUGGCGGCCGUGCGCCCUGAGGUGAAGGGCGCGAUGUCCGGCUAUGUCCUAAAUCUGCUGCCGUUGGACCAAGCCAGCGAAAAGACCAAGGAAGUUGCCAACGGCGUUCAGGAAAUGAUGCGGUGUUGCGGCGUGGUCAGCUACGACGACUGGCGGCAGAACAUCCCGGACUCGUGCCUGUGUGACCAGGCGGCGCGCGCGCACCACAAAUGUCAAGUCGUCAACUACAACCUGAUGAUGCUCCAGAUGAGGAAGUCCGUCUUCCGCCAGCCGUGUUUCCCGCUCAUCGUCCACUACGUGCUCCUGGGCUUUGACAUCACGAUGGGCAUCGUCUUCGUGUUGGCGCUCCUGGCGCUGCUGGGCCUGACCCUGUCGUCCAUCCUCAUCCACCAGCUGCGGGUGGGGGGACGUCCCGCCGUCAUGCUGGUGCCCGCCAUCUUCAAGCCGGCGCCCCCCAAGUACCAGGAGCUGCAAAACGCGCCCGUGUACUAGAGGGACCAAACCUGCUGCCGUUAAUUUCAAAGCCGCGGCGCUUUUCUCGCUCAACGCAGCACUUGGCCUUUCUUUGUUCAGACGACGGCGUUUUGUUUUCUUGCCCUGAAUAAAGAGCACAUUCCAGCCCAAAGUA